AUGCCUAGAGGCCUAAGGCAUGGGGGAGGCACCCCCCACCCCGAGACUGUCCUGGUGCUGGGGAAGACGGGCUCUCAGCUCGGGGCGCUGCUGGUUGACGGUGCCUACUGGGAGGUGUAUGAGGGUGCAGCCCCCACACUGUGUCACAAGGUGGCCAUCAAGGUCAUCUCCAAAAGGAAGGUGCUGGAGGAAGACCUCAGGAAGCUCCUGCCCCAUCAGGUCUUGAAGGGCUUGUGCCACAAGCACCUUAUCAGGCUGUACCAAGGCAUGGACACCAGGACGGGCUUCCACCUCCUCAUGGAGCUGGCCCCCUCGGGGAGCAUCCUGGAGCAGGUGCAGGGCCAGGGGCCCUGCUCCCAGGGCCAGGCAGGGCUCUGGUUCUCCCAGCUGCUCUUCACUCUGGCCUACCUACACAGCAGGGCCAUCGUCCACCGGGACCUGAAGCUGGAAAACCUUCUCCUGGACAGCGAGGAAAACGUGAAGGUCUCUAUCUCCAGCUUCUCCAGGACGGCACAGCCCUACGACCACUGCCUGGCAGACACCUGGAGCGCCGGGGUCAUCCUCUAUGCCCUGCUCCGGGGCUGCAUGCCCUUUGAUGCCAGCCAUCUGCGGCGCCUCCUGCACCAGACCCAGCAGCCCCCUGUCUUUCCCCGACGGCAGCCCCUGCCCCCGGACUGCAAGGAGGUGAUCUUGCGCCUGCUCUGCCCGGCCCCCCAGAGCCUCUAG